AUGCGAAUAUAGUGAAAACCUUCUAAAAGAGCACACUAUCUGUGUGUGUUGGUCUCUCUGCAAAAGCACCCUCUCAUGGAUUCCCUCUCUCUACUUCUCUCUCCUUAUCCAUUAUCCCCAAAACCCCACAAACCCAAAACCUUCAAAACCUUCUCUCAUUUCUCAAGCCAGAAUCCUCAACACUCCACAAUUCAACCUUUUCAAUCAUAUUCUUCAAUCUCACUCUCUUCACCCCAAAGACCUUCUCCCAAAGCAUUAGCAAAACCCUUCUUCUCAUUCACCCUCUUCAACAUUUUCACUCAGUUUCCCUGCAUAGCUGACGUCGCCGCCGAAGACGCCGGAAAAAUCAACGUUGAGUCAGUUCUGGUUUCCAUCGACGGCUUCUUCAACCGGUACCCGUUUUUCGUGGGCGGGUGCGCCUUCAUUUGGCUGGUGGCGAUUCCGCUGGCGGAGGAGUAUUUCAAGAAGUGCAAGUUCGUGUCGGCGAUUGACGCCUUCAGGAGGCUCCGCGAUGAUCCGAACUCGCAGCUGUUGGACAUAAGGGAUGAGAAGAGCUUGAGGUUUCUGAGGUCGCCGAAUUUGAAAUUUAUUGAGAAGGAAGUGGUGCAGGUUGAGUUCACUGAUGGUGGGAAUGAAGAUGAGUUUUUGAAGAAGGUAUUGGGGAGGUUCAAGGACGCGUCGAACACUGUUCUCUGUGUUUUGGACAGUUUUGAUGAUAAUUCCAUGAAAGUUGCCGAAUUACUCUUUAAGAAUGGUUUCAAAGAGGCCUAUGCAAUCAAAGGUGGGGUUAGAGGCGAGCAAGGUUGGAUGGCUAUACAGGAUUCCUUUUUGCCCCCUUCUGUGCAUAUAAGGAAAAGGGUAAAAUCUUCAAAGGAACUCAAUAAAAAUGGAAAUGGUGCCAUCCAGCAAAAAGAUAGUAACAAUAAGAGUUCCUUAUCCCAAGAGAUCUCCUCUGUUGGAAACCAAAAGAUGGACAAUGGUAAUGUGAAAAGCUCUGUAGAGUCUACUCCAGAAGUGAAAACUGGUGCUGUAGUGUCCUCCUCUCCUUAUCCCAAUUACCCGGAUUUGAAGCCACCAUCAUCUCCAACUCCAUCAAAGCCACAAUAGUUUUGUUGCACUGACAUCUGUAUGGCAGAAAUACUAAUAUAUAGAAAACGGUUUAUGGGACUAAUGCGAUGUAUUUAAUUAUAUGAAUUCUCCUCUCUAUUUUAAUCAAUUGCUAUUCCGUUUUAAACGUUU